AUGCUUGCGCAUGCUAAUAACGUGCACAAGAUGAACCUACGUCGUCGCCUCUCUCACCUCAAGGUGAUGCAACCCCAGCUGGACAUGCUGCAGAGCCAGCUGUCCAUUCUCGUGCCCACCUUCCCCUGCCCCAAGGAGGAGCGCGUGGGCGUGUGGGCUGAUGGUCGAAAGUGGCUAUGCAACAUGAAGACCUUUCUGCCAGAUAAUCCCGUAGUGUACAGCAUAGGGUCAGGAGGCGAGUACUCAUUUGAAAAGGACAUGUUCUUCAAGUUCCCCCUCACGCGCCCACUCACCUUCGAUCCAUUCCUCGAUCCCUCCCUCUCCUCCUCCAUGCAAGCCCUCUCCUUCCUCCGCCUGCUCCCCAUCGGCCUCGCGGGUGCCGGGGUGAUCGAGAGAGCGAGGGUGGACCGACCGGGAGUGCAGUUUAUGACUGUUGGGGAGGUCAUGGCGGCGAAUAAUCACUCCUAUGUGGAUGUUUUGAAGGUGGAUUGCGAUGGGUGUGAGGAGGGGUUGGUGUAUGAUAUUAAGCCGGGAAGGAGGGAGGGUGGGGGGGAAGGGGUGGGGGAUGGGGUGGGGGUUGGGAGUGGAGGAGGGAGGGGAGAAGGGGGAGGAGGAGGGGAAGGGAGGGAGGAGGAGGUGUUGGAGGAGUUUAGCCGAGUGAAGCCGUUUGGAGACCCUGCGAUUGGCCAGAUAUUGAUUGACUUGCACCAUGUCAACAACCCCAGCAUAACCCUGCCCAUGGACGUUCGGCUGCGCACCCUCGUUUUAGUCAACAUCGCGGCGAUUGUAGAGAGGGCGGACGAGGCGCUUCUUCCUGCCGUUUAUAACGAGGUGGGGCAAGCCUUUCACGCAUCCCCGCAGGCCUUGGGGACUCUCACACUCGUGCGCGCGCUCGUGCAGGCCCUCACGUGCCCGCUCGCCCCAUGGCUGGCGCAUUGGAUGGCUCGUGUGAGAGUUAUUGCAGUGGGUGCGUUCACGUGGGCCAUCGCCACUCUAGGGGUUGGCAUUGCCACCAAUUACUACGAGGUGGCGGCAUGGAGAGGCCUCAAUGGAGUCGGGCUGGCUCUAGUCAUCCCAGCCAUCCAGUCACUAGUGGCCGAUUCAGCCAGCAACAGCACAAGGGGCAUGGCGUUCGGCUGGUUGCAGUUCGUCACCAACUUCGGCAACAUCCUCGGAUUCACCCUCGGCAUCUCCCUCGCCUGCUACGCCUUCUUUGGCCUCGCUGGCUGGCGCAUGGCCUUCAUUAUAGUCACGGUUGUCAGCUUGGGUCUUGCGGCCGUGCUUUGGUUGUUCGCACACGACCCGCCUCCCACCACAGUCAAGUCAAUAGACGCCUUGACCGGUCUGAUUGACGACUCUGGGGCACAAGAGGAGCGCACUGUAGAGCCACUGCUAUCUGAAGACCAUGGCCUAGACUUGAAGCAGCAGCAGCAGCCCCACCACCUCUAUCAGCAGCAGCAACACCAGCAGCAGCAGCAGCAGCAGCAGCAGUCUCAAGCCAACGAAUCAACCCCACUCCAACCCACUUCCUCCCACCACCGUCACCCCUCCUCCCCAUCCCCGCACUCUCCCCACUCGCAUCCCCACCCCUCCCCACUCCCCCCCACCCCUCUCUCCGCCCCUCGCUCCUCCUCCACCUUCCUCUCAGACGUCCUCAAAGUCCUCCGAAUCCGAACCUUCCAGCUGAUUAUAGCUCAGGGCGUCGUAGGCUCGUUCCCCUGGGCAGCAGGCGCGUUCUUCCCCAUGUGGUUCGAGCUUCUAGGCUUCUCCCACGCCUCCACUGCCGUUCUGCUCUCUGUGUUCACUGUCGCGUGCAGCUUGGGGGGGCUGUUCGGCGGGUGGUUCGGGGAUGUGAUGGCGCGGAGGUGGCCGGAUGGGGGGCGGCUGGUGUGUGCGCAGAUCAGCGCUGGUUCGGCGGUGGUGCUGUCUACGGUGCUGCUGAGGGUGGUGCCGCAUUCGCCCGAGUAUUUUGGGGUGUACCUUAUGGUGUUGACCCUGAUGGGGUUUCUGAUCUCGUGGAAUGCUGCUGGUACCAACAACCCCAUAUUCGCAGAGAUCGUACCCGAGCGCCUCCGCACGGACAUAUACGCGCUCGACCGAACCUUUGAAAUGUCCAUAGCAGCCUUCGCCCCCCCCACUGUGGGCUACCUCGCCCAGGCUUGGUUCGGGUACAUCCCACCCUCGCCCGAACCUGCCGAUACCACUGCUUUGGGCAGCGAUAGCGGGAGUGGUGUUAGCAGCAGUAGCUCAUGCAGCCGAAACAGCAGGAGCCAUGCGGAAAUGGCAGCAGAUGCUAAGAAUGCCGAGGCGUUGUCGCUGGGUUUGUUCUGGACUAUGGCGGUGCCGUUUGCGAUUUGCUGUGCGUGCUACGGGUGGCUGUAUUGGACAUAUCCCAAGGACCGGGAUCGCGUUCGGGCCGAAGCUGCGGCCGAGGCUCGGGAAGACAGGAGCAUGGCGUCAUUCUCGAGGCUGCACGACAAAGUGUUCUCGCAGCAGCACCAACAGCAGCACUAUCGCGACCAUCUUUUGGGGCUGAAUGCGUUUCAGCGACACCAGAAGUUCGUCCAUGACUAUGUGCGUUUCUACGGCCGCUCGGCACCCUCAAGCGCUGCACCCGCAUUCAAGACGGACCUGGACGUCCUCCGAGAGAGCUACAGGUUCAUUCGGUCAGACGCAGAUGAUGCAGAGGGCACGUGGGAGCAGAGGCUAGCCAAGCGAUAUUAUGACAAGCUGUUCAAGGAGUACUGUGUUGCGGACAUGAGCCGAUACAAGGAGAACAAGAUUGGCUUGCGAUGGCGCACACAUGCUGAAGUGCUGCAAGGAAAAGGUCAGUUUGUGUGUGGCACUAAAGGGUGUGACAAUAGAGAAGGCCUUCAUAGCUACGAGGUCAAUUUCGCCUACCAUGAGGCUGGGCAGAAGAAACAGGCUCUGGUCAAGUUGAGGGUGUGCGCCAAACACGCGUAUCAGCUCAACUACCGCAAAGAGAAAGAGCUGGAGCGGCAGCGAGCUGCAGAGGAGCGGGAGAGGGAGAGGGCAGAACGAGAGAGAAGGCAUACGGAGAGGAAGAAACGGAAGACGCGAAGAGACAGCGACAGUGAUUCUAGCAACAGCAGCCAGAGCGAUACCAGUGACACAAGCGACAGCGAGAAGGGUGCAGCAGAGAGCGAUAGUGAUGAGGGCGACGAUGCAAAGAGGCACAAGAGGCGUAGGAGUGAGAGAGCAAGGAAGGAGGGGCGCACAGGAAAGGGAGAGAGGCACAGUGUAAAGGAGGAGGAGGCUAAGCUUAGGAAGGAGAAGCGGGAGCAUGAGUUUGGAAAAAGAGGGGGAAGCACGGCAGGUGGGGAAGGCCGGAUAAGUGGAGCACGCGGGGAAAGUGGGGCUGGUGGGGCGGGUGAAGGAACAGAAGCAGGGCGGGAUGGGGCGGUAUGUGGAGCGGCUGAUAUAAGCAAAACAGCAGGAAGUGGACAUGAGGUCGGAAGGGCUGGGCAGGGACAUGGACCCGAGCAGGGACACGAGCAGGGUCACGGACAGGGCAGUGGAAGCGGUUUGGCAGAUGGCAUGGGCAAAAACGUCGUGGUUCAAGGGGGCACGCUGCCAGCCAAUGAGGAUGUGUGGCAGCAGCCAGCAAUGGCAGUGGAGCCAAGCCGAGAAGAGGAGUUUGACGAGUACUUCCAGGGAAUGACGAUCAGAAGGUUCACCAUGAUGACGUCACGAGCCGAGACCACCUUCGCUUCGCCCAGAAUUCUGGCUGUCAAGCGUCGAAUUCCUCGUUUCCUGCUCUCUUUCGCGUCCGCCUCUAAAUCCCGCCGGGAAUUCCGCUUCUGCAUCGACCGCGGCGGCACAUUCACCGACAUUUACGCCGAGGUUCCCGGCGACCCGCCCUUUCGCGUUGUUAAACUGCUUUCCGAGGACCCUCUUAACUACGAUGACGCGCCGCGGGAAGGAAUUCGCCGGAUCCUGGAAGAGGUCACGGGCGAGAAAAUCCCGCGAAACGCGCCGCUUCCUACGGAGCGAAUCGACUGGAUCCGCAUGGGGACGACCGUCGCGACGAACGCGCUGCUGGAGCGCGCCGGCGAGCGGACGGCUCUCUGCGUGACACGUGGCUUUCCGGAUCUGCUGCGGAUCGGCAACCAGGCGCGCCCGCGCAUCUUCGAUCUGACGGCUCGGCGCGCUUCACUGCUGUACGAGGAGGUGGUGGAGGUGGAGGAGCGCGCGCAGGUGCUGCCGGGGGAAGAGGCGCAGGGGGAAGGCCUGGGGAAGGGGAACGGCGGGGGGGAGGCGGAAGGCGGGGGAAAGGAAGGGGAGGGUGAGGCGGACGGGGGGGAGGAGGGGGGAAAGCGCACGGUGCGCGGAGUUUCGGGGGAGCUAGUGCGCGUGCUAGUGCCGCUUAACAUCGAGAAGACUCGAGCCGCGCUGGAGAAGGUGUUGGCACGUGGCAUCAAGUCAUUGGCCAUCGCGUUCCUCCACUCUUACACCUUCCCGAACCACGAGCGCGCAGUGGCGGCUUUAGCGCGGGAGAUGGGCUUUAAUCAGGUCUCUGCGUCGAGCGAUCUCGUUCCAAUGGUCAGGAUCGUGCCACGUGGACACACUGCCUGCGUGGACGCAUAUCUGACCCCCGCUAUACGCACCUACGUGGGGAAGUUCCUAGCGGGGUUUGACUCGGGUCUUGCUGACGUGGCAGUGUCGUUUAUGCGGUCGGACGGAGGGUUGACUCCCGCCCAAGCCUUCACGGGUUACCAAGCCAUCCUGUCAGGUCCGGCAGGAGGUGUGGUUGGGUUUGCACGAACCACAUUCGAGUUCGAGGAUCGGGAAAUGGAAGGUCUGGAAGGACUCCUGUCUGAUGUCAGCAGCAGCAAAGAAAACAACCAAAAUGAUAACAAGGUAAAGGACGACUCUAUUGGUGCUGCUGGUACAGCAGCGGAGGGAGCGCUGAGGUGUCAUCCUGUGAUUGGCUUUGAUAUGGGCGGCACAUCUACUGACGUGUCAAGAUACGCAGGGGGCGCAUACGAGCAGGUUCUCGAAACCACCACCGCCGGCAUCACCAUUCAAGCCCCCCAGCUCGACAUAAACACUGUAGCAGCGGGUGGCGGCUCUCGUCUUUUCUUCGAGUCGGGCAUGUUACGUGUGGGGCCCGCGUCAGUAGGGGCCCACCCCGGCCCGGUCUGCUACAGGAAAGGCGGGCAGCUGGCCGUGACAGAUGCCAACCUGCUAUUGGGCCGCGUGCUGCCCGAAUAUUUUCCCGCCAUUUUCGGGCCGAACGAGGACCUCCCAUUGGACGAGCAGGCGGCGAGGGAGGCAAUGGCUGAGCUGGCAAACGAAGUGAACCGCGGGAUGGGUGGGGGGCAAGGUGAGGGGGACAAGGAGGGGGAGGGCAAGGAAAGGGAGGGGGAAGGGCAGGAGUCAUUGCAAGGAGGGAUGUCAGUAGAAGAGGUGGCGAUGGGGUUUAUCCGCGUGGCAAACGAGGCCAUGUGCCGGCCAAUCAGAGAGCUCACCGAGGCUCGGGGCCACGAGACCAGCACGCACGUGCUCGCUUGCUUCGGCGGCGCCGGACCUCAGCAUGCAUGCGCCAUUGCCCGGUCCCUCGGGAUCUCCACUGUGUUUGUGCAUCGGCUGUGCGGGAUUCUGAGCGCGUACGGCAUGGGGUUGGCUGAUCGGGUGGUUGAGAUGCAAGAGCCGGCUGCUGAGGUGUGCUCCAAUGAGAGCUUGCCACGUGUGCUGGCCCGGGCGGCGCGGAUGGAGGAGCAAGUGCGGGUGGCGCUGUGUGGACGGGGGAGUGGGGAGGGGGGUGGGAGUGAGGGAGACGGAAAGGGAGGAAAGGGAGAAGGGGGAGAGGGAGAGAGUGGCGAGCGAGGGGAGGGGAGGAGAGAGGAUGGGGAGGGGAUGGAAGGAGAGAGGACAGGGGUGUGGACGCAGGUGCUUCUGAACCUGCGAUAUGACAGCACCGACACAGUUCUUAUGGUCGAAGCACCACCCACACACACUCUCCCCUCCACCACUCCCUCCUCCACCACUGAGACAGCGCAAGCACAUGCCGGCACAGACUCUUCCCCAUCCACCACUCCCGCCUCCACCACUCCCGCCUCCACCACUCCCGCCUCCACCACUCCCGCCUCCACCACUCCCGCCUCCACCACGCUCCACGCCUCCCACCCAGCGGCAUCGUUUGACUUCCAGGGUGCGUUCAAACGACGGUUUGAGCGCGAGUUCGGGUUCGACCUGCAGGGCGACCGGCGCGUGCUGAUCGACGACGUGCGAGUCAAAGGCGUGGCUCCCUCCGGCGUGCUGCAGCAGACCGCCAUUCCCAGGGCUGGGGGAAGUGAAGUGGGGGAUGCAGAAGGAGGCUUGGUGGCAGCAGGGGCGGCGGAGGCGGAGGGGGUGCAGCACCGGGUGUACUUUGAAGGCGGGUGGCGGGACACGGCAGUAUUCCGGCUGGAGAAGCUGCGGUGGGGGCAUGUGGUGCGCGGGCCGGCAGUGAUUCUGAAUGGCACGAGCACUGUGGUGGUUGAGCCGGGGUGCAGUGCUGGCAUCACCAAGUAUGGCAAUAUCGUCAUUGCUGUGGGGCAUACGCUGCAUGAAAGUGAUUUGGAGGCAACAGCAGAAGCAACAGCUGCAUCAGCAGUAAGAGCAGGAGCAGGGGCAGGAGCAGGAGAAGCAACAGUGGCAGCCUUACCAGCAGCACCAGCCGCCCCUUCCUCUCCCGCAGUCCCCUGGGACGUGGUGCGGCUAUCCAUCUUCGGCAAUCGCUUCAUGGGCAUAGCAGAGCAGAUGGGGCGAACCCUUCAACGCACCGCCAUCUCCACCAACAUCAAGGAGCGCCUCGACUUCUCCUGCGCACUCUUCUCCCCCGAUGGGGGCCUCGUGGCCAACGCUCCCCACGUGCCCGUGCAUCUGGGUGCUAUGUCAGAUACGGUGAGAUGGCAGCUGGAGUAUUGGGGGAGAGGGGCGGGGGUGGCGGAGGGCGGGUUGAAGGAAGGGGAUGUGCUUGUAACGAAUCAUCCCUGCGCUGGGGGGAGUCACCUGCCGGAUAUCACUGUAGUCACGCCGGUGUUUCGCGAGGGUAGGAUUAUAUUUUUUGUUGCAAGCCGAGGGCAUCAUUCGGAGAUCGGGGGAAGUACCCCUGGGAGCAUGCCGCCGUUUUCUCGGAGUAUUUGGGAGGAGGGAGCAGCGAUUCGGACGAUGAAGCUGGUGAAGGGAGGGGUUUUCCAGGAAGAGGCGAUUCGAGCGGUGCUGCUGGAGGGGCAGGUGUUGGAAGGGGUGAUGGCGGGUGGAGCGGGGUUGAGCGGGUCCGAACAGGUCGGUGGAAGAACAGUGCGGCGUGUGCCGGGCACACGCCGUAUCGAGGAUAACCUAUCGGAUCUGCGCGCACAGGUGGCAGCGAAUCAGCGAGGGAUUGAGCUUAUAGGGGAGCUUGUGGAGGAGUGUGGGCUGGAAACGGUGCUGGCUUAUAUGGGGUACGUGCAGGUGAAUGCUGAGCAGGUGGUGCGACGCAUGCUCACACGCACUGCCCUGAAACACUUAGAGAGCCAGAAGCGGGCGUCUCAGGAGCAGCAGCAGGCUUCCCAGAAGGCUUCACUGGAACAGCAGGGAGCAGCUGACAAGGCCUUACCAACUGAGGGUGAUGCUGAUGGUAAUGGUGAUGCUGAUGGGCAGCAGCAGGUGGUGGUGCUGCAAGGAGAGGACCGCAUGGACGACGGGUCUUUGAUCCGCCUGCGCAUCUCCAUCCACCCUUCCUCCGGCUCAGCCCACUUUGACUUCACAGGCACCAGCCCCGAGGUAUACGGCAACUGGAACGCUCCCACUGCCGUCACCACGGCUGCUAUUAUCUACUGCCUGCGCUGCCUGGUAGACUCUGAAAUUCCACUUAAUCAGGGAUGCUUGGCGCCUGUGCGGAUUACCCUUCCGCUGCAUUCGCUGCUGUCCCCGAGUGAUACCGCUGCUGUUGUGGGCGGCAAUGUGCUGACAAGCCAGCGGGUGACGGAUAUUAUUCUCGCCACGUUUGCAGCGGCGGCGAAUUCUCAAGGGUGUAUGAACAAUCUCACGUUCGGCGACGGGACUUUCGGGUAUUAUGAGACGAUUGCGGGUGGGGUGGGGGCGGGGCCGACAUGGCAGGGAGAAGACGGGGUGCAAAGCCACAUGACCAAUACCAGAAUCACCGAUCCUGAGGUGCUGGAACGGCGCUACCCGGUGCUUAUGAGAAGGUUCCGGCUGCGGCAGGGGAGUGGCGGGAGUGGGGAGAGGCGGGGCGGGCAUGGAGUGGAGCGGGAAUUGGAGUUUCUACGGCCUGCUACUGUCAGUAUGCUGUCGGAGAGACGGGUUUUGGCGCCGAAUGGGGGUGCGGGCGGCGGGUGUGGUGCGAGGGGGUUGAAUUUGCUGCGGAUUGCGCGGGAUGGGAGGGUGGUGAAUUUGGGAGGGAAGGCAAGUGUGGGGGUGGAGAGGGGUGAUACGCUGCUGGUGUGCACGCCGGGGGGAGGGGGGUGGGGGAUGGGUGGUGCAGGGGGGUAUGUGCCUAGUGCCGAGGUGAGCUGGCCUAAGUUCAGCUGUGAGGAGCAAGGAUGGGUGGGCGAGUUCGAAGGGGAGCUUGGCUAUUACCUGCCAAAGCAUUUGAGGCGUCACCCGGAGCGAGUCAAGCUUGCCACUCGCCCGCUUGGUUGUCCUCUUGACGCCUCUCGCCUACCCAACGUGUUUAUGGGGUACUUUGAACACCUGCCUCUCCGCAAACCUUGGCCCCCCAACUUCUACGGCACUCCAAUCGAACCCCAAAGUGACAUUUCAUGUGUCGCUUCGGGUGCCAUCUCAGGAGGCGGUUCAAGUGACGGUUCAAAUGGCAGUCCCAAUGGCAGUCCAGAGAGCAGCUUCAUUGGUGCCAAUCCAACAACUGGGACCGGAAACGUUACAAGUGCUCUAGCAGAAAGUGUCUUAGAGGAAAGUGUCUCAGGCGGGGUUAUCUCAGGCAAGAGUAUCGCAGGUGGGAUUUUCGCUAACGAGUCAGACUGGGUGAAGAAGCUCCGCUGCGACGGCCCUCCCUGCCCCUCCUUCGGCUCCUGCACCGCCCGCUUCCCCAACCUGGAGAAGUGGAGGCAUCGAAGGGGGUGGGCGCCGUUUGACGAGACGUGCACUAACCGGAAGGAUUUCACGCAGCACGAUGCGAGCGCGCUGCAGAUGAUGCGACUGGAGGACGUGUAUGUGACAGCCAACGGGGUGAAUCUCAACCGCACACACGUGUUCGUGAGGAAUGGGUGCUGGCGCUUCCCUGGAAUGCAGGCCAAGUAUGAGGCAACGCACGUCGUUCAGGAGCUGCCAGCAGUGUUCAACUGGGCGCACCAACCCGCCAACAACUUCUACCACUUCCUCGUGGAGCUCGUUCCUCUCUUCCUUGUCGCCGCGCCCCUCAUGGCCUCCACGCUGCGCCACGUGCCUGUGCUCGUGGGCCGUAAACAGGUACAUUGGUACGAGCAGCUGGGCGCUCCACUCAUCGGCAUCCAGACGGAUCAGAUUCGCCUGCUGCCCAUAUUUGACUAUGACCUCUUUCAUGCCCAUGUGGUAUACCAGCCCAUAUACCAAGACUGCAACCAUCCCAGCAGGCCCCUCUGGCGAUUGCUGCGGCGCCGCCAUCUGCUGCACCCCUCCGGCAUCCCUCUCUUCAAUCCUGACUGGACCUACCGCAACCACCGCCCUCUCUCCCUUCCUGAAGCGCGCUCCUUCCCCUCCGACUGGGUGGUGGUGCUGGCGAAGCGUCCUGAGGGGCAGAAACGUUCUAUGGUGAAUUUCCGGGGGGUGGAAGCGGAGGUGGUGCGGCGGUUUGGCCGCGAGCGAGUGGUGGUGUUCAACGGAUCGCUGCCGAUUCUGCAAGCCCGAGCACUCCUGUCACGAGCACGCUUCUACAUAGCGAGCCUUGGAGCCGCACUCACCAAUAUGAUUUUCAUGCCGGAACAAAGUUCAGUGCUGGAGAUUCGCCCUGAGGGUUGCGAUAUUACUGUCUUCAAUGCGCUCGCCUCUGCCUGCUCCCUGCGUUACCAUCUCGUGCUCACCAAGGGUGAUUGGGGCACCCCCAUUGUGGCGAAUGUGACGAGCGUGGCUCAAGUGCUUGAUUCUGUCCAGGCACGAAUGCGCAAGGAGGAUGGUGGAGAUGUGGGGUUGUAG